CAACUCCCCUCCCCAUGUUCCUUCGAGACCUUAGUUAGUUCUUGCUUCCUCUCUCUCUUUCAUACACCUCUCUUCCCUCCUCUCUCGCGCGCUCUGUUACUCAUCCAGUAUGGCGGAGAGAGAUUUCUUCCCACCCAGCUUUAUUGGCAGGGUCAUCACUUUCACUCAACCUGACUCUCAGUGGAAGCUCACCCAGAAACUGCGCGAAAAAAAUUGCCAGCUCACUCAUGACGACACACUCACAUGGCCAGACGCAACUGGUGAAGUAUACGGAACCUUCCUCUGCACCAACUGCGAAGAUGAGAGCCAGAAGGCUGUAAUGCGUGUUAUUAUGCAGCUUCCAUUUGCAGGCUCUGAGUUUGCAGGACCACAGGACAGAGCCCGCCAGGCCGUUUCAACUCCUCCCGAAGAUGUCAAGGAUAUGCUCGAUGCCCAUAUCUUACUCAACAGAAGGAACUCAAAAACUGGCCCGCGGCUCUUGAGCUUUACAUAUCCGACUCAACUUGAUACGGACUUUGUGCCUGGGGGGUUCUUUCUUUGCCUGCUUCUUGAAAAGCUGCCGGGUCGACAAUUGGGCCCAUGGUUUUGGGACCUGGAUCGUCCGAAGCGUGAUGAAAUCAGAGAAUGCUUGAAACGGUCCUGGAUUGAGUGUCUUAGUAUCACCAGAUAUAACCCCACUGCAGCAUUGACAAAGAUGUUCUGGGACGACAGUACACAUAGGCUCUCCUUUUAUGACUUCUGGACUGGCGGUAAACUUAAUCCUGAUGAAGAAAUGCCCUGGAGUGAGUACGUUUGGUUUUGUUGGGAGCUAGUGAAGAAGCCCCGUGGAAGCAGGCUCCCAAGAGACGAUACUGAAGGCCAUACGAUUAUGAAAAGCUGGGAAUGGUGAGCGUGGGUGUAAUUUGGGGGUCU